GCCGGCUCUCAUAAGAUGGAUCCUCCUACUGUGUUCGCCCAUUUCGCUCCCUUAUCCUCCUACACGUACAUACCAUGGCUGAAAAGCAGAUACCACCCGCGUAUGGGCUUGCGACAUCUCCCGAAGGCCAUAGUUUGCGGGAACGAGCAUCGUUUGAGUCUAGUCAGUCGCUCGCAGAUCCUGUCGAUGGAGAGCUGCCGGCCGCCAGUCACCCUACAGUCGCGUUGAUUAUACCCUUUCCUGCGUUGUUGUGUGCACCGGUGAAGAAGGAUGUCAAGAUCCCGCCGUUCGUGAUGUAUGCUCCUCUUGCUGCGCCGUUAAAGCCUCCAGCCGAGGGCGAGAAGGAAAGCAAGAUAAACAAGGCGAUACGCAAGUGGCAGAAGGAGGAGAAGCAGGCUCGUGAGAAGGGAACGGGAUUCAAGGCCAAGGCUGUCGGGCUGAUCUCGAAAGGGAUGAGUGCCACAAAGAAUAGUCGGAUAGAAUUCCUCGUCCGCACGCCAAAUAAGAAGAAACUGAAAGAGCUCCGCUUCGUUUACCCUUCAUCCUGGGCCGCAACAGAUGUACAGAAGCAGUUUACGGACCUUGUCAAAUCAGCAAAGAAGGGAGCCAUUAUGAACGGCGUCAUCUCCACCUGUCUCGCGCCCGUUGCGCUCGCGUUCGACACCUUGACGUUCAUUCCGGGACCAUUCGAGAUCACCGCGGUAUGGUCCGCCUCCUCCUGGAAAGGCGCCGCUCGUGCCACCGGAAUUGCCAAUCGAAUCACCUCCGACCAGCUGCCCAUCUCGUUCUCUCCGAACAACUCGCUCGAAGCGCUCAAGUUCCGCUUGCACGAGCUCUGCUGGAGGAAGGUGAAGGCAGGGACUGUUGCAUCGCCUGCAUGGCCCGGAGGCGCGUUAGGCAACGUGAAGCGCGGGCCAGAGCUGGCAUCGAUCGUGCUGGCUGUGUUGAGGGAAUAUGGUGAAGACAUGGAUGAUGUUGAGACGGAUUUGAGAACGAUUUCGGAGGAUCUGGAGAGAUGUUUGAAGAAGGCAGUGAAAGAAUGGGCGAAGGCUGUCAACAAAGCAAUGGACUCUUAGGUUUUUCGUAACGGGUGGAGUUAUGGCGAUUUUUUGGAUUCAUAUUUCAGCAUGUUGCGAUGUACUCAAGAGUCUGUACUGACCUCAAGUUAGAUGUAUUGAAGAAACUAUGGAAUUCUUGACAUUCGGCGAG